GCGGCUGGCGGGCUGGCGGGGCGGGGAGCCGGGGUGACAGCCGCGGCCCUUGGUCUCCCCAGGCCACAGGGCCGCACCAGGCUCCCCGCCUCUGGGACGUGCAGUCCUGAGACCGACGCGCCAGGGCAUAGGCGGAGCCCGGUUGUGGACUCUGUGCCCCUGUCCUGCAGGAGGGAUGCUCAGGCUCCCGGAGCACAGGCGCAGGUGGGGGCUGACGCGCACCUAGCCCAUGCUCUCCCUGAGGCCCUCAGGGAAGGGGGUGCAGUGCAGAUAGGGGAGUUAGGGACACGCUGUGAAGGGCCAGGGUGCAGGCAUUCCAACCAGGACUGACCCUUCAUGUGGCCUCGAGCGUGGGCCACUGACCAUGUGCACAGCCGUACCUGGGUCAUAGUCACCCCACUUGUCAUUGGUGGUGGGUGGUGGCUGUUCAUUUACCUUAUCUUGUUAAUAUGCCUCCCGCCAGAAAUCGCAUCAGGCGCACUAUCUGGGUCACCUGGAAGAAGGCUCAGGACACAGAAGGACCCUCCUGUCCUACCAUGUGGCAUAGGCGGUCACCCGGUUUUCCACAGCGCCUGGCCCUGCCCACCUGGCUGUGGAGGCCUGGCAGGUCUGUGGCUUCACCGCAAAUGUGUAUUUCCCCGGCCCCUAUGCUUGCCACCUGGCAGUCAUAUGUCCCUCACGUGCACUUCUGUAGGAGCCUUAAUUGGUCUUUGCUCCUCUGUCCUGUCAGCCUCAGGGUCCCCUUAAAUGUAAAUCAGGGGCACACUUCCUGGUUAAAACUCUUGAAUGGAUUCCUCCACCCCUUGACCUUGAAAUCCAGGGGCCUCAGGGGUCCUAACUGCUGUGGCCUUGCCCAGCUCUCUUCUCAAGAGUCCCUUGUGGUCAGAUGCCACAGUGUUUCUGUGUCCCCGGCCUUGCUGUCCCCAUGCGGAGAGACUACCUCCCCUCUCCCGCUGUAGGUCUCAGUGCUUCCUGAGCUUUCCCUCUUACUGUUGCUCUGUCUACCACGGUGGUUCUCAAAGUGUGCUUCGGGGACCCCUGGGCGUCCCACACACUUUAGGGCUCUGCAAGGAAGGCAUUUUCACAGCGAUACUAAGACUGGCUUUGUGACUUGCUUCCCAUUUGCACUAAUCAUACAACAGCAAUGAGGUCUUAGCAGGAAUCAUGGCGGUGGUGGCACCAAACUGUGAGGCUGCAUUAUCUUCAUGUAUUUCACUCACAAACAGCAUGUUGCAACUGGAUGGAGUUUUAACAUUGAAUGCGGAGAACACUAAUUAUGCCUAUCAAGUUCCAAAUUUCCAUAAAUGUGAAAUCUGUCUACUGUCUUUUCCAAAAGAGUCCCAGUUUCAACGCCACAUGAGGGAUCACGAGCGAAAUGACAAGCCACAUCGCUGUGACCAGUGCCCCCAGACAUUCAAUGUUGAAUUCAACCUGACGCUGCACAGGUGUACCCACAAUGGAGAGGACCCGACCUGUCCCGUGUGCAACAAGAAAUUCUCCAGAGUGGCCAGCCUCAAAGCGCACAUCAUGCUGCAUGAGAAGGAGGAGAACCUCAUCUGCUCCGAGUGUGGGGAUGAGUUCACUCUGCAGAGCCAGCUGGCCCUGCACAUGGAGGAGCACCGCCAGGAGCUGGCUGGUGGCAGGGCCCACACCUGCAAGGCCUGCAGGAAGGAGUUCGAGACGGCAGCACAGCUGAAGGAGCACAUGAAGAAUCAUUACAAAAUUAGGAUGUCAAGUACGAGGUCAUACAAUCGGAACGUCGACAGGAGUGGAUUCACGUACUCAUGCCCGCACUGUGGGAAGACGUUUCAGAAGCCCAGCCAGCUCACUCGGCACAUCAGGAUACACACAGGUGAAAGGCCCUUUAAGUGCAGUGAAUGCGGAAAAGCCUUUAACCAGAAGGGGGCGCUGCAAACCCACAUGAUCAAGCACACAGGCGAAAAGCCCCAUGCCUGUGCCUUUUGUCCAGCUGCCUUUUCUCAGAAGGGGAACCUGCAGUCUCACGUGCAGAGAGUGCACUCGGAGGUCAAGAAUGGCCCUACCUAUAAUUGUACAGAAUGUAGCUGUGUAUUUAAAAGUUUAGGUAGCUUAAACACUCAUAUCAGCAAGAUGCAUAUGGGUGGGCCACAGAACUCCAUGGGCUCUGCAGAGACUGCUCAUGUUUUAACGGCCACGCUGUUUCAGACUUUACCUCUUCAGCAGACGGAAGCCCAGGUCCCGUCAGCUGUGAGCCAGCAGAGCUCACAGGCGGUGACUGAUGUCAUCCAGCAGCUGCUGGAGCUGUCAGAGCCCGUGGAGUCUAGCCCGGUGCCCCCGCCUGGCCAGCCUCUCAGCAUCACCGUGGGCAUCAGCCAGGACAUCCUACAGCAAGCCUUAGAAAACAGUGGGCUGUCUUCAAUUCCAGCUGCAGCACACCCCAGCGACGCCAGCCACCCCAAGAGCUCCACCGUGCAGGGUCAGGACCCGGAACUUCCCGAUGUGCCCAGUGAGCCAGCUGACCCUAUAGAUGCGGAGCCAGAGAAAGAACAGGAGAGCCCAGAGAAGCCGGACAAAAGGGAGAAGAAGCUGAUAAAGAAGAAAUCACCAUUUCUACCUGGGUCCAUCCGCGAGGAGAACGGGGUCCGGUGGCACGUGUGUCCCUACUGCACCAAGGAGUUCCGGAAGCCCAGUGACCUCGUGCGCCACAUCCGCAUUCACACGCACGAGAAGCCUUUCAAGUGCCCACAGUGCUUCCGGGCCUUUGCAGUGAAGAGCACCCUCACUGCGCACAUCAAGACGCACACGGGCAUCAAGGCCUUCAAGUGCCAGUACUGCCUGAAGAGCUUCUCCACGUCCGGGAGCCUCAAAGUGCACAUCCGCCUGCACACAGGAGUCAGACCUUUUGCUUGUCCUCACUGUGACAAAAAAUUCCGAACCUCGGGCCAUAGGAAGACACACAUAGCCUCCCACUUCAAACACUCGGAGUUGAGAAAGAUGAGGCACCAGCGGAAACCCGCCAAGGUUCGUGUCGGCAAGGCCAGCGCUCCAGUCCCUGACAUUCCUUUGCAAGAACCAAUCCUCAUAACCGACGUAGGUCUUAUCCAGCCCAUUCCAAGAAACCAGUUUUUUCAAAGCUAUUUUAAUAAUAAUUUUGUAAAUGAAGCAGAUAGACCAUACAAGUGUUUUUACUGUCAUCGUGCAUAUAAAAAAUCUUGCCACCUUAAGCAGCACAUCAGAUCGCACACAGGUGAGAAGCCGUUUAAAUGCUCUCAGUGUGGAAGAGGCUUUGUUUCUGCAGGAGUGCUCAAAGCACACGUCCGAACACACACGGGACUGAAGUCAUUCAAGUGUCUGAUCUGUAACGGAGCUUUCACCACUGGCGGCAGCUUGCGGCGGCACAUGGGCAUCCACAAUGACCUACGGCCCUACAUGUGUCCCUAUUGCCAGAAGACCUUUAAGACCUCCCUGAACUGCAAAAAGCACAUGAAAACCCAUCGCUAUGAGCUUGCUCAGCAGCUACAGCAGCACCAAGAAGCCGCCUCGCUGGACGGCAGUGCCGUGGACCAGCAGGGUGUGCACGUGACCACUCAGAUGCAGGUGGAGGUCCAGAGCGACGAGCUGCAGCCACCUGUGGACGCCGUCACUGCAAACCCUGAUGCCAUGCUCGACCUGGAGCCUCAGCAUGUCGUAGGUGCAGAAGACACGGGGCUGGGCCAGCAAUUGGCAGAGCCGCCUCUGGAGGCAGAUGAAGACAGGUUUGUGGCUCCGCAGCUACCAGGGCACAUGGACCAGUUUGAAGAGCAGGCUCCUCCGCAGCAGUCCUUCGAACCGGCUGGCUUAUCACAGGAUUUUACAGUAACGGAUACAUACAAUCAGCAGACUCAGUUUCCACCUGUGCAGCAGUUGCAGGAUUCUAGUACGCUGGAGUCUCAGGCCCUGUCCACAACUUUCCAUGAGCAGAACCUACUUCCAGUUCCCAGCUCCGAUCCUAUGAACGUGACGGCUCCUUUGAUUCAAGAGCCAUCCCAAGAGGAGCUCGACCUGCCGCCGCCACGCCGCCAAUUCCUGGAGGACAGUGAGGACCAGAGCCGGCGCUCCUACAGAUGCGAGUAUUGCCACAAGGGCUUUAAGAAAUCCAGCCACCUGAAGCAGCAUGUGCGCUCACACACGGGGGAGAAACCUUACAAAUGCAAGCUCUGUGGCCGCGGCUUCGUCUCCUCCGGGGUCCUCAAGUCCCACGAGAAGACACACACAGGAGUGAAGGCGUUCAGCUGCAGUGUUUGCAAUGCUUCGUUCACGACCAACGGCAGCCUCACCAGGCACAUGGCGACACACAUGAGCUUGAAGCCUUACAAGUGUCCAUUCUGUGAGCAGAGCUUCCGGACCACAGUCCACUGCAAAAAGCACAUGCGGAGGCACCAGGCAGGCCCCUCUGCCACAUCAGCGCCUGGAGAGCCCGAGGGAGGAGGAGAUAUAUGUAUGGAGGAAGAGGAAGAAAAUUCUGAAAGAAACGCAUCUAGAAAGGUUCGUCCUGAGGUCAUCACUUUUACAGAGGAGGAGACAGCGCAGUUAGCCAAAAUCCAGCCCCAGGAAAGCGCCACAGUGUCAGAGCAGGUGCUGGUGCAGUCGGCUGCCGAGAAGGACCGCAUCAGCGAGAUGAAGGACCGGCAGGCCGAGCUGGAGGCUGAGCCCAGGUUCGCCAACUGCUGCUCCUACUGUCCCAAGAGCUUUAAGAAGCCCAGCGACCUUGUCAGACAUGUUCGAAUCCACACGGGAGAAAAGCCAUACAGAUGUGAUGAGUGUGGGAAGAGCUUCACUGUGAAGUCCACCCUGGAUUGCCACGUGAAGACUCACACAGGUCAGAAGCUCUUCAGCUGCCACGUCUGCAGUAAUGCCUUCUCUACCAAGGGGAGUCUGAAGGUCCACAUGCGCUUGCACACUGGAGCCAAGCCCUUCAAGUGUCCACACUGUGAGCUGCGCUUCCGCACGUCUGGCCGGAGGAAGACUCACAUGCAGUUUCAUUAUAAGCCUGACCCCAAGAAAGCCAGGAAGUCCACACCACGCAGUGCGCCCGAGGGGCUGCAGCCCGCCAGCCUGCUGAGCCCGGGCUCUGCUGACCCAAAUUUGCUGAUCAUGAACAACUCGGUUCUGACUGGCCAGUUUGAUCCAAACCUGCUUCAGCCAGGACUAGUGAGCCAGGCCGUCCUCCCUGGCUCUGUGUCAGGUGGCAGUGACUGGACAGUGUCUCUGACGGAUGGGAGCCUGGCCGCCCUGGAAGGCAUCCAGUUACAGCUGGCGGCUAACUUGGUUGGGCCUAAUGUUCAAAUUUCUGGAAUCGACACCUCUGGCAUUAACAACAUCACAUUACAGAUUGACCCAGGUGUCUUGCAGCAAAGCUUACAGCCCACCAACCUGCUUGCUCAGCAACUGACGGGGGAGCCGGGCUCGACCUCACACAACAGCUCCCUUCAGACACCGGACAGCACGGUCCCAGCCAGUGUGGUCAUCCAGCCCAUCUCAGGCCUGUCCUUACAGCCCACGGUGACCUCUGCCAACCUGACCAUCAGCUCGAUGUCGGAGCAGGACUCUGUGCUGACCACCAGCACUAGUGGGACUCAAGACCUCACUCAAGUGAUGCCAUCACCAGGCCUCGUGUCCACCUCCAGUGGCCCCCAUGAGAUCACCCUGACCAUCAACAACUCCAGUCUCAGCCAGGUCUUAGCACAGGCUGCUGGGCCCACCACGUCAUCCUCAGGGUCCCCACAGGAAAUCACUCUGACCAUCUCUGGUCAAGACCUUAUUCAGCACAGUUCUGGUGGAAGCAGUGAGCUAAACGGGACAAUAAGAUUGUCCGGGGCUACGGUCAGUAAUCAGUCUGCAGGUGCCACCCUGACAAUCAGCAAUGACCAGCUUCUCACGCAGAGUGCAGCAUUGACCGCUUCAGAACUUAGCACUGCAGCCAGCAGCCUUUCUUCCACGGCUCCCGCAUCCCCGUCCGCCCUCUCUGCUCAGAACCUGGUCAUGUCUUCGUCAGGAGUGGGAGGCGAGGCCAGCGUCACCCUCACUCUGGCUGACACUCAGGGCUUGCUCUCAGGAGGACUGGACACGGUCACACUCAACAUAGCUUCUCAGGGUCAGCAGUUCCCAGCCUUGCUCACCGAUCCCUCCCUCUCAGGCCACGGAGGAGCAGGCUCACCACAGGUCAUCUUGGUGAGCCAUACCCCACAGCCAGGGUCCACUGCUUGUGAAGAGAUCGCCUACCAGGUAACUGACGUCUCUGCCCAUCUGGUCCCGGGCAGCCAGCCCGAGAAGGAGAGCCGGCAGCACCCUUGUGUGGAGUGUGGCCGCAGCUUCGCAUCGUCCGCGCUGCUGCUGCACCACAGCAAGGAUGCGCACGGCCGGGAGCGCAUCCACGUAUGCCCCGUGUGCAGCAAGGCCUUCAAGCGGGCCACCCACCUCAAGGAGCACAUGCAGACACACCAAGCUGGCCCUUCUCUAAGCUCGCAGAAGCCCAGAGUGUUUAAAUGCGACACCUGUGAGAAGGCCUUUGCCAAACCGAGCCAGCUGGAGCGCCACAGCCGCAUCCACACAGGGGAGCGGCCCUUCCACUGCACACUGUGCGAGAAGGCCUUCAACCAGAAGAGCGCGCUGCAGGUGCACAUGAAGAAGCACACAGGCGAGCGGCCCUACAAGUGUGACUACUGCGUCAUGGGCUUCACCCAGAAGAGCAACAUGAAGCUCCACAUGAAGCGGGCACACAGCUACACUGGAGCCUUGCAGGAACCCGCGGGCCCCCAGGAGCAGGGCACCGAGGAGCUGAGCCAGACCCUACAUCUGGAGGAGGUGGUGCCUGAGGCCCCUGGCGAGUGGCAGGCACUGGCCAAUGUCUUCUGAGCAGCCCAUGGCACCCUGGGACAUCUCUGAAGUUCUGUGCUGUGCAGAACGAAGCACUUGGAAUUUCUGUUUUGAAGCUUCAAGUGUUAAACAUGUUACCACAGUAGGUUUUUAGCUAUAAAAUUAUCUAAAGAAUCAUUGUCUUUCAGAGACUUAGGAAAAAAUCCGGGGAAAUGUAACUGCAUUGUUCUCAUUUGUCUACAAAAUCACUGAACUCAGGUACGCGACAGGCAGUUUCACCCUCUGCUCCGUGGCCAGUGCGUCUAGUUACACACAAGUUAACUGGAUCUUACUAUCAUUGUUGUGUGAUUUCUUUGUAUUACAAAGACAAGUUAACAUGGAAAAGGUCAUAUUUUCCUUCAUGCUUUAUGUUCUAAGAAGCAUAGCUUAUAAAACAAAUGUCAGGUAGGUGCACAAAGUCCAAAAAAAAUGUUAGACCACACAGGGAAGUUCCUUUUCUUUUCUCUGUGCAUUUUGAAGGUAGAAGAAACUGACUCUUUUUAGUCUGUAAGUUAAUAGAACGAAUACCUUGAGAAAUGGCUGGACCAGUUCUCUGCAUUAAAAUAUCUAAUCAUUAGUUAUCAGAAGGCAGCCUCUGAGCGUAAACCUGGGGAGCAGAGUAAACCCAACACACGGACAAGGACGACUCAGUCCGCAAGUGACGCUGCCCUGCCUCACCAGCGACAAGCAGGUCCACGGGCCAGAUCGUUGCAGGAAGUACAAGCCCUCCGUUGCCAACAGAAAGUGAGAAAGGAGCUUGGCCCUGCUCACCGAGACAUUAGGUCUAUCUGUAAUCGAAGGGCAAGAGCCCACCUGAGCCCGUGUUUUCCUACUCAUGCAUCAGCAGGUGUGUUUUUAUUUCAGGGAAUUCUUGUCUCAUCAAUGGUGCCACAUUCAACAUGUCCCACACCAAGCCCCCCGUGCCGGGGCGGCGUGUCCUUCCUGCAGCAUUCCAAAGAUGGAAAGUUCUCUCUCCAUGUGAAUUUCCCCUUUGAAGUUAUUUAUAUGUUCUAUAUAUAAGUGCAUAUGUACAUACAGAUAUAUGGGCCUCUGUGUGGCUGAACAGUAUAUUUUGUAAAUAUAAGCACUCGUCCCCAUUACAGAGAGAGCAUCAGCGCUUUUACCUCCCUCUGAGCACUUCAGACCAGUAUUGUGUUCAUUUUAUUAAUAAAUGGGUCUCUUUUUCAUUGUAACACAGAGCUGGGCUGUUUUUAUUUUUCUGAAAAAUAACUGCCUUUAUGUUCUCUCAUUUCUUCUCUGGUUUCAGAGGGCAGUUUAUUAUACUGUAAAUAGUGUACGGACUUUGUAUAUUAAGAGAGGAACUCAUUUCAGGUUCCUGAAAAAAAGAGACAUUUCACUCUUAUUUUUUUGAAAGAGCAUCUUUUGAUUUUUUUUGUUUUUGUUCACUUUUGGAUAUGUAUAUAAGUAACAUGGUGAUAUAAAAACUUUUGUUAUGUGAAAAUAUUUAAGUCAGAAAACUGUUAAAUAAUACUUUUUUUUCAAACUGUGUUGUGUAUUGUAUAUUUUUUUAAGGGGAAAAAGCCUUAUUUGACUUAUUCUUGUGAUGCUGGACUUAUUAUAUAUCUUGAGGUUUUCCUUGAAUGUUGGUGUGUGUACCUGGCUGUAGUCAGUGUAUUCAGAAUAAUGUAAUUUUGCCAGAGUUUUAAAGGUUUUGCUUCUAAUGCACUUUCUUUUAUAAUUUUGUAUUAAAAUAUUUUAGAAAUGUUCAUUAAUUUUGGUAAACAAAAAUCCCAAGUUGCAGUUAUUGGAAUUUAAAAAAUUUUGUUCUUGCUAGUUUAUUUAUUUUGUUUUUAGCAUUAAAUGUCAUCUCAGGACAAUCUCUAAGAGGGAUUUAUUUAAUUCUUAAUUGUACUCAAGCACAGCCCUGAACUCUGUACCACGAGAAUCUAAAACUACUACUACUUUGGUUAAAGAAAAAGAAAAAACCCUAUCAACAAUUCGUUUUGUGAGUGUUCUCAGUUUAUUAGCAAGCAAACACAAAAUAUUAGUGUAUUACUUUGAUUCACUUUCUAAUUAUAAAAGCUGCUUCUUUGCAAAACAUUCCUUGAAAAGAUAAGAUUUUGUAAAGACAGUUUAUGGAACCCUGGGUGGAGUGCAGGUUGCUCUUUAUGACUUAGUGGCCGAUGAAGUCUUCUGACGAGAGAUUUCCAGCCUUGCACAGCCAGGACCUUGAGGAUAGAUAACAGCAUCUUCAGAGAGAUCUCAUCUUAGCAGAUCUCUUUUGGCAGAACAAUAAAUAAAACAUGAAGUUAGGAAGUGGGACCCAUUUUUCCCUUUAGAAUAUUUAAUAUAAGGAAGUUUGGCACAUGAAUUCAUUCCAAGUUCAGAUAGUUUUUAACAGAAAGGAACUUUGACACUUUCCUUUCCCUCUGUGAACCCAGACAGUGAACGCUCACCGGUGCCAGGUGGCCGGGUCUGCCCGAGAGCUGGGUGCGUUCCUGUGACGCCAGGUCUCAGGAGGAACCCUGUGUGCAUGGAAUCCCAGUCAUUAGGUUAUUCCCAUAGAAUGUCAGUGGCUUAGGACGAAAGCAUCCUUUCAGAAAUGGAAACUCCAGUGCCCUUGCCCACACAGGGUGCACUGGUCCACACGCGGUGCCCUUGCGGCUGGCCUUUUGCCUCAGUUACACCCAUUGGUGCUUGCACGGGUGUGAAAGGAGACCCCGCCCACCUGGAUGUUGCCUGUGGCCCAUCAGGUCAGUGGGAGGCUCAUCGGCUGCCCAUGUCCUCUGGCCAUGUGUCCCUGAGGGGACGGAGAACACCUGUCCUCACAAGGAGUACCAGUGGUCCUCCCCAUGGCGAAAUUCCAGUGCCAGCCAAUUGCAGCAUUUAACUAGGGAAACUUUCUUUAGGAUAUUUUGUACUCUGCCCAUUGUCAUUUUUAAGAAAAUGUGAGUUUUUGUUUUACGAUUAUAACCAUUGUUCUCUGACGUCUAACCUCUUACGUAACAUUUAUGUGCAAGAGAUGUGCGUUUUAGUCCAGGUCUGAGGCUCUGCACAGUAAGGUGCAUUUCCCUUCUUCACGUGGAUUCCCUCUGCAGAAGAAUAUUUUAACUUAUGAGGAGACGCAUUUUUUAACAACAAAAAAACUGAUCCGUUGGAUUUACGUAAGUGAAACCUUUUUAAGAAAACAUGUAAGAUAUAUGGGACUGUUGUCUGGUUACAUUUUUAGAGAGAUCUCAUGCCUUCUCUGCAUACUCUCCCCCCAACCCCCGCCUAGAAGUUUAUUUCAAAGUCAAUACGCUAGCUACUCUUCCCCCUACCACCAAGAAAAAAUCCAAGGGUCAGUUGUUGCUAAUUUCUUUUUUCUAGACUCUCUUGUACAAAGUGAGGCAGAGAUGACAUUAUACAGUUGAUACUUGUGAACCUAGAGGUCUUCUCAUUUUGCCACUUAAUCUCAUGUAACGUAGGUAAUUUGGAGUUUGUAGAAUAGAAUUUCAGAAGUGUCUGCAUAUACAUGGGGCCUCCAUGUCUUUACCUUAUUCUAGUGAAAAUCAACAUUUUAAAAUCUAAUGGCAUCUUCUUCGUUGUUUAAAAAGUGGGGCGGCAGACUUUUGAUUACAGUUAGAAACCCUGCAUGUCCCUCUUAAAGAGGCAGCCUCUGCCUUGGGGAGGUUUCUAAGCAAGUGUCACGCUUGGUCAGUGCUGGUCUCAUCGAAUGUACGCGCUUCCUCAGUCAUACCAGCGAGCCCACACUCAUCCUCUCACACCCACCGCUUUAUAUGGGUGCCUGAUGCAAUAGUUCAGCACUAACACUGAGCACCAAGUGGCCGCAUCAGCGGCAGGAGCAGUGGGCAGUCACUUCGAGGCUUUGCCGUUUGACCAUGUUUAUGUGUACUGCUUACAGCAUGAUGACUUCUGUGUUCAGUCAAGAUUUGUAAUCUAUUUGACCAAUUCUAAAAUGACAAAGUGAUUCACUCUUGAUUCACCACUAAAGAAAAUUUUUAAUUUAUUUUUUUCACAAAAGAAAUACUUUUUUUUAUCUCCAACAUGUUUCAUGGUCUACUUAUACAUUGGAUGAUACUGAUUUAAUCCAAUUUUGUAUUAGAAAUGGAUAGUUAUGCCAAAGGCCACUGUGCUGGGUUUAGGAGUAAUAAAAACAGUUUUGGUAAUAUUUUAAAACUCCUGUACAUGUACUUAUUUGGGCUCUGGAUGAGUUAUAAUAGUUGCAAGAUGGACAUUUCUCUAGGUAGCGUUUUCCACAGCGCCAGCACACAAUGGCGCUGAAUUCACAGUUCAGAUGCGUGGGGUGUGGACUGUGCGGGGGUGUCUCAUUUUCUAUCCCUGAGAGUAUUUUAUACUCUCGCUUGUACAGUAUUUGAGGGUGAGAUGAAAUGAAAUGAAUCAUUAUAUCAGUUUAUCCAUUUCAAACUUUUAGAAGCUGGUGGUUUAUAGAGUCAUUAUCUUGUUGAGAUAGUAAAUGAAGGACUUUUGUCCUGGUUCCCUUUGUUUCUAGCACAGAGUAGGGACUCCAUACACUUUUGGAGGAAAGUGAUGUGACUGGACUUUCUCAGGCUGGUAAGAAGGCUUUGCCCCACCUCGUUGCCUGUUUGUGGGGGGAUUGCUCUAAUCAUUUUUAAAUAUGGGGGUGGUGGGAUGACACUAUUUCAGGUGAUCAGAUUAUGGGAAAUGUACUCCCUCUACAGUGAAUUGCUCAAUUACCUAAAGUGCUUCUCCCAAUGAAUUUUCCAGAAUACUUGGCUCUCUUGUGAGAUUGUUUGCAUUUAAACACAAAGGCGUGACUUGGCCCAGCAUCUUGUGCAAAUCUGAGACGUGAGGUGACUUGGAACCUCGGGUUAGCUGAGCCCUGGCACCGACCAUUUAUAAAUUAAUUAUUUCUGCAUAAUUUCCAAAUUCCUUCGUCCUAGGAGGUUUGGGUAGAGAAGUAAAAAGGAAGAGUGUUGUUCAGUAUUGGCUUGGAGUCCCUCAGCCCCACGAUGGGGCUGCCUGCCCCUGAGGCAGACACGGGCUGGGGGCCCUGCCAUUAUCCUGCCUGGAGCUGCCCUUGCUGAAUUUCACAGAUGCACAGAGUUCGACAACACUGCUAUUGAGACAGAAAGGAACCCAUGGUUUUGUCAAAAGCAAAGCAAAAUAAAAAAUCAUUUUAGUGGAUCUUUUUGAAAGAGAAUUCUUGUAACCCAACCCAACUAUACACAUUCCCAAAAUCACUUGUUGUCAAUGUCUCUGCAAGAUAAAAUGUGGUAAAAAGUAAUUUGUCAGAGAUUCCUUACUUCACAUGAGCAUGGUGCUCACUGGUAAAUGCAGUAAAAGAUGGUUUAGCCAGGCCGGUGUGGCUCAAUGGUUGAGCGUUGACCUAUGAA